AUGAAUCUCUCUGACCUAUCAGCCCCUCAGAUCCGGCCUCCUUCGCCAUAUCGAGAUCAUAAUCCCCGGAAGCGCGGGAGAACAGCAUGCACCAGAUGCAAGACCCGUAAGCAAAAGUGCGAUAAUGAGUACCCUGUUUGCUCCAACUGCCUCAGAGCCGGUACUGAAUGCGACAAGGAAUCAGUCAGGCAGGAAAAUGGCUCCCAGAGCGAGUACACCCGCGCUUUGGAAGAGCGCAUUGCAUAUCUUGAAACGCGGCUGGAGUCCAGAACGAGCAGCCGUGCUGGGAGCCAUGUCGCUCCUCCGGUAGCUGCGCUUUUGUCGCCUCACAAUCAAGAGACGGGAACUACAGUCCCUGGGGCAGGCCAUGCUACUGGGAAUGGUAUGGACCACAACGCUGUCGGGGAGCUUGUUGGGUUUCUUGCCAUUAACUCCUCCGAGGCCCCCGCGUAUAUCGGCUCCAGCUCUGGACUCUCUCUUGCGGCGAAUCUGGGCGAGAUGGUACAGGCCACGGUGUGGAAUCAGGUUUUGUCUCCAUCGCGCAACCGGCCGUCUUCACCUAGCGGAGGGAGAGGAAGUGGUUCUGCACCUUCUGAUCAUGAGAUGUCAGGUCUUCCACCUCAACCUUCGUCGUCAGGUAAGGGUCCUGCUAUGGAUCGUCCACGGACGUUGCGCAUGGAGGAGCUCCUCGCGAAAAGCACAGAGCCGCCAAACGAUGAAAUGGGCGGACGAAUUCUCCAUGCAUACUUGACCAGGCUUCAUAUUCGUUACCCAUUCCUUGACCGCAAGGACCUGUGGCGUCUGCACGAGAACCGAUGGCGAUUGGCAAAGGCCAAAAGGGAAGAGCUCAGCCAGUCCGAGCGAUUUGGUAUAUUCAAGCUGUACCUAACGUAUGCUAUUGGCGCAACAACAAUGCAACUGAGCGAGAAAUAUGAUUAUGUUCCGCCAGAGCGCUUUUAUAUCACGGCCCUUCAGCAAGUGCCAGCCAUGUGUGACACUCGAUCCGUGGAAAACGUUGAAGCCAUGACGCUCUUGGUUGUAUAUCACCUUCGCUCUGCCUCCAGUCAGGGCGUAUGGUACAUGAUCGGCCUUGCUAUGCGCACAGCAAUUGACCUUGGACUACACCGUAAAGCAAACGAGAUCAACCUAGACCCGAUCACUGCACAGAUGCGCCGCCGUCUCUUCUGGACCGUAUACUACCUCGAACGUGUCGUCUCCAUGUCCCUCGGACGCCCUUUUAGUAUUGCCGACAGACACAUCGACCUCCCUCUUCCUCUCGACGUCGACGAUGACGUUCGCGACCCUGCCCUUCUGCCGCCCCCUUCCCCUCCCGUGCCUUCCUCUUCUCCGUCAAUCAACAACAACCCAGAUACGACCACGGACAAUCACCGCAUAACAACCCUAACAUUCUCUAGAUAUUUGAUCAAACUCCGGCGCAUCGACUCGCGCAUUCAGCACAAGAUUUACCGUGCCGACAGACCACUCCACUCCCUCCGCUCCAAAAUGGACGCCCUGUUCCUCGAACUCGAAGAGUGGAAAACCUCUGCUCUCCAACGCUUCACAGGCUCAGACCUAGACUACCCAAUGCUCCACUACAACCGCGCUCUCCGCCUCCUCAUCCAGCCUUUUCUCCCUUCCCUCCCACUAACAGAUCCGUACUUCCAUAUUUGCCUCCGCGCCGCAGGCGACAUCUGCCAAACUCAUAAGCGCCUCCACCAAACCAUCGAAUACGGACACUCCUUCCUGGCAGUGCAAACCGUCUUCAUGGCGGGUAUCACCCUCCUCUACGCCCUCUGGACACACAGUGACCGGGUCUGGUCCGUGCGCAUAAGCAACGAUAUCCGCGCGUGCUCGACGGUCCUCUUCGUCAUGGGCGAACGCGCAACAUGGGUAAAGAAAUACCGCAACGCGUUCGAGCUCCUCGUCAACGCAGCCAUGGAAAAACUCCAGGGUAGCGAGGCCGCAAAGACAGCCGGCAUGGCCGAGCUAAUGACCGCUCAGCAACUCGGCGUCGAUGUCUCUGGCGCCGCGGGCAUCAGUCUCGGCGGCCCGGGCGUUGCAUCCGGGUCGACGACGAAUGGUACUGGCCCUGUCAAUAAUCUCGGUGCUAGUGCUAGUUCUGGCCACACCAGCAACGGCGGUCUUGAUCCUGGUGCUGGUCCCUCGGUCCCCACGAUGACACCGGACUACGCUGCUACAACUACCGCAGCCACAAACCCACAGGCAACAGGCCUGCAGUAUGACUUGAACCAGAACCAAGCGACAUCACUGGAUGCAGCGAGCCAAGAUCAUGGCGUGCGCAUGGCGAUGCAGCUGGCGCCGUGGAUUGAUCUUGAAGAAGGGAAUGGGCCGUUUUGGGUUCCUGAUUUUGAGACCCUUGAAAGCUUCUCAGGAGGCUUUUGGCCCGCGCCGUUUGAACCGCUAUAG